CAUUUUCACCACUGCACCACGAUGGCCAGCGCCCCGACGACGACGGCGUUCUCUGCCGCGCACCGGCGCUACGUGCAGUCGUUGUACCGCCGCCGCCUGCAGAACUCCCUCGACUGGACCGUGCGCCGCGACAUCUGGCGCGGGAAGGCGAUGCAAAUCCGCGCCGAGUUUGAGGUCAACCGGGACAUUAAGGACCCGCGGUUGCUUGCGCAGAUCUUUGCGGAGGCGGAGGCGAAGCUCGCGAAGUGGAAACACCCCGAUCCAUAUACUGCCCCGACCGCGCCUGGCGGAACGAAAUGGGAACGCAACCUCCCCCCCCCGACAGAAAACCCCUAUGCGCACGACCCGCCGCAGGAAUACGAGCCCAUCAAGAGCUCGUGGAACCCCUUCCGAUAA